AAGGAAAAAAAACCAAGCUAUUCAAUUUGAUCAAAAUCCAUUUUCCUAGGGAGAGUGAGGAACACGAAAAACAGAGAGAAAGCGGCAAACAAAAGCUACAAUUCCUUUCCUUGUGUUGCUUGCUUCUCUUUCCUCCAUAAUACGGAGUGGAGUAUUAUUCUUCGUAAAAUACAAUCAAUUUCCAAUUUAUUUAACUAAUAUUCUAACAACAAUAUUCAGAAAUAAAGGAAUAAGACGCCUUUUUCUUUCAUCCAACCACCAUUGUUUUGAAGCAGCAUAACCUAACUUCAUCAUCAAAAUUCAAUUGCAAUUCUUCUUCUUUAUUUGUUUUUUUCUUCAAUUUUCUCAAAAAAAUAUGGUUUCGGCAAACAAGGAGAUGGCGGCGUACUGUUUUGACACACUUGUUGCUCACUACAAUAGCGACCAAGUCCCUCCUCCUGCUUUCGAGGAGGGUGAUCAUCCUUUGUUUGUAACCUGGAAGAAGGUGGUUAAUGGAGGUGAGCCUCGCCUUCGUGGAUGCAUAGGAACUCUUGAAGCCCGUGCAUUGAUCAGUGGAUUUAGAGACUAUGCUCUUACUAGCGCACUGAGAGAUCGCCGUUUCCCCCCAAUUCAAGCUAAAGAAUUACCCCAAUUAGAAUGUACAGUUUCAAUACUGGCCGAAUAUGAAACUGGCGCUGACCACCUUGACUGGGAGGUAGGAAAGCAUGGUAUAAUAAUUGAAUUUACUGAUCCUGACUACAAUACCAGGCGAAACGCCACAUACUUACCUGAAGUUGCUGCACAUGAAGGUUGGACAAAGCUGGAAGCCAUUGAUUCCUUAAUGCGAAAAGCAGGUUACAAUGGUGUAAUCACAGAGUCAGUGCGGCAGCUCAUUCGGUUGACUCGCUACCAGAGUACAGCAUUUACAAUGCACUAUGGAGAGUACAUUGCGUAUGUGAAGAAUACCCGAGGCACUGUGCCCAAUAUUAACGGGUUGAAGCCUGGCAACUAUUAAUUCCAACUCCUGCUCUUUUUACUACUCCGUAUUCUAAAUGUGGGGAAAAAACAUCGAAAAAUGAACUCUUCACUCUUCAUUGUGGUGGCGAUGAUGUUCUAAAUCCAUCAUUAUCUUUUAUUAAUUCCUGAAUGAAUGUUGAACCGGCUGUUCCCUUUUUAUCAUUAAACUGUAACAUAAAUGGCUUUUAUAUGUA